AUGGGAAACACGAAUACUAUUCCUGUGGUUUCACAAGUCAAAUCCACUAUUCAACUUGUCACUGGAGACGUCGAAGGAGCUGCGAGAACUCAGGAGAGAUUUUUUCACGAAGGAAUCGGAGUUUCUCAGCUGACUGCUGUUGCCUAUGCUGCGACUGGGAAUGUUAAAAAAGCAGAAGAAACAUUCGAUCGAGGUAUGAAUACUAUUUCAAGUGCAGUGGAUGGAAUACCUGUCGUUGGUCACGUGAAAGGAGCUGUUCACUAUGCGAUGGGAGACGGUGAUAAAGGGGAUCGUUCAAUGUUAUCUGCAAGCAGAACUGCCAGUGUCAUGGUGGGCGGAGCCGCAGGUUUUGUAGUUGGUGGUCCAGUAGGCGCAGUGGCAGGCGGUAUGGCAACAGGAAGUUCGUUUGAUAUAGGCCACACAGUGAUCACUGAUAAACCACAAGGUUACAUAGGAGCUGUGGGGGAAUUUGUGGAGAAACCAUCGGCUGGCGCGCUUUUCGACGCUGUCGCUGCACCUGUCGGUGAUGCAAUGGCUGGUUCUCAAGGAGCCAAUAUUCUUCAGUCGGCGAAAGCAUGGAGACUUACGGCACAGGCGAAAACGGCGUUAGCCAAAGCUGAAGCAAUGAGUGAAGGAGGCGGAUAUACAAAUGGACAGGUGCAGGCGCAGUACGAUGUUGCACAGAAUCUAAUCAACAAGGCGGAGAGCAUUAGAACUGGAUCCGUGCAGAAUGCUGCCGUACGAUCGGUGGACGCAUCGGCAGAAGCAGCGACGCUUAUGGAACAGGCAUUCGCGGAGAUGGAAAAAGCAGAACAAAUGGUAGACGCACGCCGUGCAGGAGCCGGAUACACUGAAGGACAGGUGAUAGCACAGGGAAAAUAUGCACAAAGUUUAUACAACAAAGCUGAGAGCAUUCUAACUGGAGGCAAGCCAGUUCCGGUCUUUGAUCCAAAAUUAGAAAGUGGAGGAAUAAAAUGCCCCGGCGUUACUGGUCCUGCAGUUAUUGCCGUCAACUCAAGAGCAGAACAACAAGAAAAGUGCCAAGUGUCAACAACAGUUUCAUCUUCUUCAUCACCUACCACCUACUCAUAUUCAUUUGUUUCCGAUGGUUAUAAGUCUUCACCAACUUUGGUCAAUGAAUGCAAACUUUCGCUGACCGAAGUGAAGUAUUAUCAAGCGUUUCAGUCGGUUCUGGAAGCAUACGAAAAAUUCGAUCCAUUAAUCGACCUAUCCAAAUAUAUUAUCGGGUGCAAGCAGAUUCUGAAAGGAUGUUGGAGAGAAAGUGAUCCGAACUACGAUGAAGUUCACAAAACAAAUAUUUGA